GAGUUGAUUGGUAGGACGUCGCCAUUUUUAUCUUAUUAGUGACGCAAAAAUUAAAGUACAGUAGUAUGUGAUGUGAUCUGCUUGCUUGAUGGUACAUGGAAGGUUGUAGAUGCUGUGCAAGUGGAGUUGCAUGAUCGAUAGUCCGGUGGCACCUUUAUCCAUUGGUCAUGCAAAAAUUUUAAGUAAACUUAUACGUGAUGUGACCUGUUGGAUCCAUAGGUUCUUUAUCAGUUCCUUUGAUCAUCCACAUCUUUUGAGUAGCACUCCUCUCUCCCUCCAAACCCCCUCGCUGCCUAUCUCCAAAUUUGGGAUCUCUGACCAUUCGAGCCUAUGGCAGAGAAGAUCUCCACGUUAAUCUUGACAGUAGACCUUCAAUGCUGUCGUUGCUACAAGAAGAUCCAAAAAGUACUAUGCAGGCUCCAAGAUCGAGAGAAGAUCCAGAAAAUUGACUACGACGAGAAGAACAACACCGUCACCAUCUCCGGCCCCUUCGACCCUCACUACCUCUCCAAGAAGCUCUGGUGCAAGGCUUGCAAGGUGAUAAAAGACAUCAAAAUCAAGGAAGACAAGCCCCCUCCUCCACCACCGCCGAAGCCCGAACCGGCUCCACCGCCACCACCUCCGCCCAAACCGGCUCCGCCCCCACCGCCGAAGCCCGAACCGGCUCCACCCCCACCACCUCCGCCCAAACCCGCUCCGCCCCCACCGCCCCCACCCGAACCGGCUCCGCCCCCACCGCCUCCACCCAAACCUGCUCCGCCGCCACCGCCUCCGCCCGAACCGGCUCCGCCGCCACCGCCUCCGCCGCCACCGCCUCCGCCGAAACCGGCUCCUCCGCCACCGCCUGCCCCCGAACCGUGCCGGCCCAAGUGCCCAGAACCGGUUUGCUGCGGCCGGCCGUGCCCGUGCUACGCGGCCGGCUACAGCGACGGGCUGCGGUGCUGCUCGUGUGGGAGUCUCUACGGCGGCUGGGGGUGGGGCCCAGCGCCUGUCCACCGUGAAGAGUAUAAGAUCGUCUGCGAGGAUGACCCGGCUUAUCCAUGCAACAUCAUGUGAUUUUUCUCAACUUCGCCUGCAUCUUCUUCAUCAAUAUUUCCCUUUUAAUCCAAUGCAUAUAUAAAUAUUUAUCAUUAAAUAAAAUGUAUGAACGAUGUUUGGUUCAUUCGUCAUUACAUGUAUGAACACAGCUGGUGCGUAUGAUGUUAAUUGAAUGGAGUGAAGAAAUGAGAAACUUAUGUUCUCUAUGGGGAGAUUGAUUCA